CAUCUUAAAUAAAUAAAGAUGUGAAGAGGAAGACCCAUCCAUCCACCCCCUCAAUGUUCCUAUUCAACACCAUUCAUAACCCAUAAAGAUGAGUGGAAGUAGUAUUGUUUCAUUUUGGUACGCAGGUCUUAUUGUUUCUCUUAUGUUCCUAACAGAGUCCAAAGAUGUUCUAAAUUGUUCUUCUUCCUGUGGCAAUUACAAGGAGGUGAUUGUCAAAUAUCCGUUUCAGUUCAAUGACGAUCCAGAAGGGUGUGGACUUAAAGCCGUUAGUUUUGAGCUAAGAUGCGAGAAUGGUCGGCCUGUCUACUAUAUAGACUCUGGAAGGUACUAUGUAUUGGGAAUAGACUAUGACAAAAAGUAUACAAUCCGACUAGUCGAUGAGGGCAUCCAAGAGGGAAACUACUCAUCUCUCCCUCUUCAUCUCCUAACGCCUUCAAUCCUUCGCCAUGCACAAAGCUUGUCACAUCUUCAUCAUCAUCAUUAUUAUUAUUAUUAUGAUUAUUAUGAUUAUUAUUAUAUAUAUUGGGAAACACAGUUUAUUGCAACUAUUAAGUGUGAUAGGCUGCCAGUGGUGGAGUUUGAAGAAGGGGAAUAUGUGAAUUUGGCUAUUACAAAUCUUCUUACUAAUGCUUCUUCCAACUAUAUUUUGUUCGGUACUGUUUCAUUGAAUGGGAACCCUGUUAAGAUACCGGAAGGGUGCGGGUCAGAUAGCAUCCACAUAACACUCGCUAGCUCAAUGAAAUGGAGGAAUAGUAGUAGUAGUAGUAACGUCAACUCUUCCAUAUUAUUCUACCAAUUCCAUACCCAUUUGGCUAGUGGAUUUGAGCUACGCUGGAUUAGAGUUUAUUGUCAUUAUUACUUUGAUGGAAGAUUACCUGGUUCAUACACAAUUGACAACAAUGUUGAUAACCUUUAUGCUGCCUAUUGCAAGGCUAAUUAUCGUAUCUCUUUUUCUGAAAGACUGCAGCUGAUUUGGCUGGUACUAUAUUAUUAUAUUAGUCGGACAUUGAUAAUUCUUGCAAUGAUUCUUGGAGCAAGAACAUUAUGUGGAUGGUUGUUGCUUUAUAUCUACUUGAUAUACAAAUGUAGAAGAAGGCAUUUGUCUAUGUUUGAUGCUAUCGAAAGCUUCCUCCAAACUCAAAAUAACCUUGUGCCCAUUAGCUACUCUUAUCGGGAAAUUCGUACAAUGACAAAAAGGUUCAAGAUUAAACUAGGGGAAGGAGGAUUUGGUUGUGUGUACAAAGGAAAGCUUCGAAGCGGUAGCAAUGUUGCAAUAAAAAUGUUAGAAAAGAGCAAUGCUAAUGGGCAGGAUUUCAUCAACGAAGUAGCCACAAUAGGAAGAAUUCACCAUGUUAAUGUGGUUCAACUUAUUGGGUUUUGUGCUCAAGGCUCCAAACGUGCCCUUGUCUAUGACUUCAUGCCCAAUGGCUCCUUGGAGAAGUACAUUUCCUCUUCUCAAGAGGGUCAAUCGUCUUUGAGUUGCGAACAAAUGUACAAUAUCUCACUCGGAAUCGCAAGAGGGAUUGAGUAUUUGCACCGAGGUUGUGACAUGCAAAUCCUUCAUUUCGAUAUCAAACCUCACAACAUUCUUCUAGAUGAAAACUUUACGCCUAAAGUUUCAGACUUUGGGCUUGCAAAGCUGUACCCAAUUCAAAACAGUAUCGUAUCCCUAACUGCUGCAAGAGGAACCAUGGGUUACAUGGCUCCGGAGUUGUUCUACAAAAACAUUGGAGGGAUUUCAUAUAAAGCGGAUGUUUACAGCUUUGGAAUGCUCUUGAUCGAAAUGGCUGGAAGGAGGAGAAAUUUAAACGUAAACAUGGAAACAUUGAGCCAAAUUUACUUUCCGUCAUGGAUAUAUGAUCAAUUCAAUGAAGGAAAUGAGCUGGAUAUUGGGGAGAGUAGAGUUGAGGAAGUGGAAGUGGAGAUGGUGAAGAAGAUGGUGAUUGUGGCAAUGUGGUGCAUACAAUUGAAGCCAAGUGACCGGCCACCAAUGAACAAGGCACUUGAGAUGCUCGAAGGAGACCUUGACCUAUUGCAAAUGCCUCCUCAACCUUUCCUCACUCCGUACUAUAUGCCAAAUUCGGGUGAGUCCUCUUGUAGGUUGGAUUGACAAUGUCGUAAAAUGUGUCUUAUGAUUCCCAACUCUAUGUAGCUCAUAGUUUGUUUGAAGCUAAUGCUUGAGAAAUUUAAUGAAUUAAAUAGUUUAGUAAUUAUUUGGACUCUUUUGUUUAGAUAAGUGUUGCCUUGUU